UCCUCCUUCAAAGGAAGAGGGCACAGUAAGUUUGUGUGAACUUGUGAAAAGUUGUCAAGCCGAAAAAAGAGCAGAGAAACUCCUCCCGUCUUCAAAUUAUGAGCAAUCAGCAGCAGAGUGAAAUGGCCGCUGUGGAGAGCGGUGGAGGAUUCGGUCAGAAGCGAAACACAAAUUCACAAGACUCACAGCAACCAUCUCCACUUGCCUUGUUGGCAGCCACAUGCAGUCGAAUUGACACCCCUGGAGAAAGUGAUUCCCCAGUAGAUCAACAACAAAAUCAGCAACAGCUGGAAAUAAACCAGGUUUUCACUUCCAGUGCCAACGGUUGGCAGCUUGCUCCUCUCAGCAUUCAAGCUUCCUCAGCCUCCAACACUGUCACCACAGAUUCCUCAGGUGUGAUGAUGGGAGACACCGGCAAGAGCAGACAGGUGCUGUCACCAUCAGCAGCUGCUGUCAGCACUCACGGUCAGCAGCAGUAUUUAGUAGCGCAGGCUCCAUCAGUGCCAGGUCAGCAGGUGCUCACCACUAUAUCAGGUGGGGUGCCCAAUAUUCAGUACCAGGUUAUACCCCAGUUUCAGACCAUAGAGGGCCAACCACUGCAUUUCGCACCUGCUCAGCAAGACUCUGCUGUGCCUGCUGCAACAGGUGCCAUGCAACAGUUUCAGAUAGUGUCCUCUCCCAAUGGGCAGCAAAUUAUAGCUGCAACCAAUAGAGCUGGUGCCACAGGAAACAUCAUAACCAUGCCUAGUGUCCUUCAGGGUGCCAUCCCCAUACAGAAUAUUAGCUUAGGCAAUGGUGUGUUACAAAACCAACCCCAGUUCUUGGCAAAUAUGCCUGUUUCUCUAAAUGGAAACAUCACUUUGUUGCCUGUCAGUACAGGUGCUACAGGGAGAGAUGCAGGUAGUAGUGGAGAUUCAGGGGGGAAUCAACUCAUACAGCAACAGCAGUCACAGCAGCCAGUGUCUUCUAACAGUGGGGCAGGGUACAUGACAAGUGCACCCACUGUCACAACGCAGACAUCCUCCACUUUUGGAGUUACCCAAACGCAGAAGAGUAAUGGAUCUGUGAUUGGGAGCUUCCAGCAGAACCCAGCAACUUCUCUUGGCGUCCCAAUUCAGCCAGAAAAUAGAGCUGGGCAGCAGCAUCAGCAAAUCCUUAUUCAGCCUCAGCAGAUUAUCCAAGGUGGAACACCGCUACAAACCAUCCAGGCCAGUACUGUUGCAACCGCAGGCAGUCAAGUAUUUGCUGCUCCAACACUCAGCCAAGAAGGUCUUCAAAAUCUUCAAAUUAUGCCAAACACAGGGCCCAUCCUCCUACGCACUGUAGGCCCCAAUGGCCAAGUUAGCUGGCAGAGCAUUCACAUCCAGAGUCCACAGAUCACACUGGCCCCAGUGCAGUCUGUACCCCAAACUCCAGGAGCUGCUGGCGCUGGAGAAGUACCAGUCAGCACGGUGCAGAUACCAGGCAUUCAGACCAUAAAUCUGAACACACUCGGAAGUGCUGGGCUGCAAAUGCAUCAGCUGCAGGGAGUUCCUAUUACCAUUGCCAGCUCAGCAGGAGAGCAGGCUCUGCAGGCAGGUGGAGAAAGUUUAGGUGACAGUACUGCUAUGGAUGAUGAGGAUAUAAGCCCACCACCUCAGGGGCGUCGCAACCGCAGAGAAGCCUGUACAUGCCCCUUCUGCAAGGAUAGUGAGGCACGUGACCCAAAUAAAAAGAAGCAGCACAUUUGUCACAUAAGUGGCUGUGGGAAGAUCUACGGCAAGACAUCCCACCUGAGGGCUCACCUUCGCUGGCACACAGGAGAGCGUCCUUUUGUCUGUGGCUGGUCUUACUGUGGUAAACGAUUCACCCGUUCAGAUGAGCUUCAGCGCCAUAAAAGGACACACACAGGAGAGAAAAGGUUUGCUUGCCCCAACUGUCCCAAACGCUUCAUGCGCAGUGACCACCUCUCAAAGCACAUCAAGACCCAUUUAAACAAGAAAGCAGUGGUUGUUACCAACAGCAGCACCACAGUCUCUGGUGAAAGCGGUUCCCCUUCUGCAGGAGCAGAAACCAGCACAGGAGCAGUGUCAGCCAAUGACCAGCACACCAUUGUCACCAUGGAAACCUUAUCUGCAGAGAGCCUAGCUCGAUUAGCCAGCAGUGGUAUCAACAUGAUGCAGGUGGACCUUCACCAGAUCAAUGGCAACUACUAAAAUCUGUGGAGAAAAAUGGUUUUGGUGGAUAUUGUUUGGACUUUUGGGGUUAAAAAGGGCAUGUUACUGCAGAAGCAGGACCCCUCAGAGGCCUCAGACAGAAGAGGGGGGUGGGGGGUCUCAGAUGCAACACAACAUAUACUAAAAAUCUGUAGAACCAAAAGAGGAAUUUGAUAUCCAUCUUGUAUUUAGACACCGGGGGCAUUUAAGGAUCAGAGGUGGAUGUAUUGGUUUGAAAUGUUAGAUUCGAGAAAUCGUCAUUUAAAUCUUAUGGAAAUGGCAUUACACUAACAUUUGUCCCACACAAACAUUUAGUUACUCAUUAGUGGGAUUGUAAUGAAAGAUACAAGACUCUUUACAAGCUUCUUCAGUGAAGAGAUGGCACCAAGCCAGACUCUUAUUUAUAUGUAUUUUCCCCUCGGUAGUAAGCUUUGCCACUCAUCGCUCCUCACUUCAUGAGCUUUCAGCCCUGACAGACUGCACCCAGUGUACUAACUGACCCGUUUUGCAUCUUGAAAUGCAAACUUUCCUUAUGAAAUCAAAAUCUUUAGCAGCAAAUACUGAAUUGUCAGUUUCCAACACUUGUGGAAAACUGGAUAUAUGAAGUAUUUCCUGUAUCAUAGGAAAAAUAUGUUGGUGGAGCACAUAAGGUCAUAGCUGGAUGGGGCCAGAAGCACUAAUCUGAGGAUAUAGGUUUCAGAGCACUGAAAUCUUAAGGAUAACUCUAACCCCUCGUGUAAGUACAAACAUUCAAGCCAUCAUGCUUUAAUAUCUGUAUGAUAGCAAAGCAUCUUUUUUUUAUAUGUGUAUAUAUUUUUUUUUUUCUCUCUAAAAAGGUUACAGAAAUUCUUAGCACAGCCAGGAUUAUCUUGCAUGAUUACAAGAAAAUGCCUUUUAGUUAUCUGUACCCCUGAUGUGCUAUCAGUCCUCAGAGCCUUUGUCAUAAAACAAAUUGUCGUUCAGGUCUUCCACUUACUUUUACUUUCCUGUGGUAUACUUAUUUUAGACUUUGCCUUGUAGUCAUGUAAGUUUUUCUUUUUUUUUUUGUAAUUUAUGGCCAGAGUGAAAUAUUUUGCAAUAAUGUCCAGACAGCAUGAAUAUAGAAGCUCAUAACCAAAGGUUCAUACUCAUGAUCAAAACUGAGAACUUUUCCUUGGUCCAUAAACUUUCUGAUUUCUCUUGUAACGUAUAAACUAAAGUUAUAACUGGAAAAGGUCCAGCUAGAGGUAAACCUUGGCUACUUUCCUUUUGUUCAAAUGAAAUCACUUGCAACAUUAUAAUAAAAAUAGCUUUUCAUAACUCUUUUGCUUUGACAAAUGUAAUUAGAACCUGUGCAAUGUUUGAAAAUCAAUUGUUCAUUGGACAAGUGUUUUCUUUCCCCAUUUUAAAUAAGGGAUUUUAUAUUGUUUAUACCCCUACUGCAAAUGCCAACAGCUGGAUUAAAAUGAAAAUUUUCAA